AUGGGAGGUGCAUAUGGAAGUAAGAUAGUGGUCACUACACGUAGUAACCAAGUUGCUUCAGUUAUGGGAACUGUUCCACCAUACAUCUUAAACGGUCUUCCUCAUAAGGAUUGUAUGUCAUUGUUUUUCAAAUGGGCAUUCGUAGAUGGAGAAGAGAAAAAGUAUCCAAACCUUAUUAAAUUUGGUGGUGAAAUUGUAGAAACAAGUGGAGGGAUUCCUCUAGCAGUGAGAACUUUAGGAAGUUUACUUUGUACAAAAACAGAUGAAAGUGAUUGGUUGUUCAUAAAAGACAAUGACAUAUGGAGGCUAGAACAAAGGGAGGAUGACAUCUUACCAGCAUUGAAAUUGAGUUAUGAUCGUCUGCCCUCUCAGUUGCAACGAUGCUUUUCAUAUUGCUCCUUAUUUCCCAAGGAUUAUCAUUUUGACAGCAGAUAUUUGGUCCAUUUUUGGAUGGCGCUUGGACUUGUGAUCCCAUAUGGAAAUGAAGAGUUGGAAGAUGCUGGUCUGCGGUACUUGAAGGAGUUUUUGUCAAGGUGCUUCUUUCAAGAUGUUGAGGAUUUCGGUUUUUAUUUUACUUUUAAAAUGCAUGAUCUUGUACAUGAUCUUGCAGUAUCAGUAGCAGAAAGAGAGUGUUUGGUGGUAAAAUCCGAAACCCAAAAUGUAGAUAGAAGAGUUCGACAUUUCUCAUUCGUGGAUACUCACUUCUAUAAGGAUGAAUCUCCAAAACUUUCAAGUAACACAGAUUCUGUUCGGACCAUUUUUUUCCCAAGAGAAGACUACGGGUUUUUAACUGAAUCUUUUCUUAAGAUGUGUUUCUCAAAGUACCUACGGCUGCUAAGUUUAAGCUCCAUACUUCAUUUUGCUUUGCCAGAUUCUAUUGGUACAUUGAAACAUUUGAGAUAUCUUGACCUCUCAGAUAAUAUCUUUUUGACAGAACUCCCUGAAUCAAUUUGUAAGCUUCACAGUUUACAAACCUUGAGACUUCUUGGUUGUUCACUUCUUCAUGGGUUGCCUUCUAAUAUCAAAUACAUGAGCAGUCUCAGAUAUUUAGAAUUAACCACAGCUGCUCGGGAUAUACCAGAGAAUGGUAUAGAGUGUUUGAAGUCUCUUCGAUAUUUGUGCAUGGAUAACUGCCUCAAUUUACUAAGCUUGUUCGACGUGCAAAGCCUCACAGCCCUCCGAACAUUAUGUAUUCAAGAGUGUGGAUGCUUGAUCUCGUUGCCAUGCAGUAUGAAAAAACUAACCAGGUUAGAGAAGUUGGUGAUUCAGGAUUGCCCAAAGCUUAAUCUGAAGAUGGAAUUGCAAGAGGAAGACACUUAUUUAAACCUUCAAACAUUUAUGCUCAUUGACUUACCAGCAUUAGAGUAUUUGCCUCAGUUGAUUCUUCAAGGAUCUGCUACUACUUUACAGUACAUGCGGAUUGAAAAAUGUCCCAGCUUAAAAGCAUUACCAGAGUGGUUCCAAAAUCUCACAUCGCUUCAGAAACUUGAGAUUAUAAGUUGCCGGCGUUUGUCAUCUUUACCAGAAGGGAUACAAUAUCUCGCUGCUCUUCGAGAAAAAAAGAUUCAAGACUCUCCGGCACUCAGUGAAAGAUGCAGACAAGAUUGUUUGAUGACUGCUCAUGUCUCAGAGAUUAUUUUGGACUAA